AUGUCGAUCAGAUUCGGUGCCCACGAGCCCAGCGAGCUGGGAAAUGAGUGGGUGUGCAUGUAUAAGACCGAAGAGAGCGUUGAUUUUGAGAAAAAACACUUUGAAAUGGCCAUGAUGAAUGUGGUUCGGCAUCCCAACAUAAACUCGACGGUGAUUCUGCGAGCGGACGUGCUGAAAGAAUGGGAAUAUGACGUUGAGACCGGCACAGAAGUGUCAUUCAAGAAAGAGCUACACACGGUGGCGGAUCCUGAGGCUCAGGUGGUGAACGUGGAGGAUGUGACUGUACGCGAGAUCGAAACGAGUCCGGAGCUGCAGCUAUCGCAGAAAAUCACAAUGGUACGGCGAAUCAUCCCAAGAAACCCGUACAAGGACGCAAUCAUCAAUCAGACGUGUUUGCUGCUGAAUUCACGGACGCUCGCGGAAACUUCUCUGAUCAUCUACACGCCGCACUUGGACCAGAAGGAGCUGUGUCCGUUCUACAUUCCGCAUGUCAAGGCCGUGGGUAUUCUUUUCCACAAACAGCGUCUGUCAGUACACUACGUACCGUUCGCGGAGCAGGGCGCACGCGAACUGCGGGACGAGGGCGAGCGUGUUGUCAGGACCGCACGUCGCCUGCUGCAAACGGCACACAAACACUCUUCCGGUGUCAAGGCAGGCUACGAGAAAAAAGUCGCCCACGAUGUCGUGGUCGACAAAGUGCUAUUCCAGGACCGCUACAUCGCGCUGAAAAAGAAACACUCGCGGUUUUUGGUUGACAACUGGGCAGAGAGCACGGAUCCCAAAAAACACGUUUUCGAGGACAUCGCCAUUGCCGCGUUUUUGAUCGAGCUGUGGAACAAGAUCUAUGGGCCAGAGUUCGCUACCAAGAUGCAGUUCAGGGAUCUGGGGUGUGGCAACGGCGUUCUGUGCUACUUGUUGCUCCAGGAAGGCAUUUCCGGCGUGGGAAUCGACGCCCGCCAGCGCAAGUCCUGGAAAAUAUAUCCCAAGGAGGUGCAGAAGAAACUACAAGAACAGGUUAUAAUACCCUCUAUCCUGCUGCGACCUCAUCCCGAGAUCAAGAAACGAGCACCGGAUCUGGAUCACAACGGCAGAUAUUUCCCCAUAAAGAUUCAAGAUAAAAUCGCACCUGCCACGGUGGUAUACUCCAGCGAAGAUCUCCUCAAAUCGUCCAGCGUCAACGUCACAGAAUUCCCACCAGACACAUUCAUAAUAGGCAACCACUCCGACGAGCUCACAUGCUGGAUCCCGCUUCUUGGCUACCCAUUUGUCGUUAUUCCUUGUUGCUCUCACGGUUUCUCGGGCCAGAGGGCUCGAUACGGCGUGAAAAAAAGCUCUCUCAAAAACGGGAACAGCACUUACGCUGGAUUGGUAGAACGAGUCGAAGCUUUGGCCGUGCGUGUUGGCUGGAAAGUUGAAAGAGAAAUGCUGAGAAUUCCCAGCACUCGAAACGCCGCGAUAGUGGGUACCGAGAAUUCACAUCUUGACCAAUGGCCCACUCAAGAAGUUUACGACACCAUCUUGGAAGGCGGUGGUGCUGAUGGCUGGGUGGAAAACACCAUGGCCUUGGCUAAGAAAUCGCCAAGAGGUCACUAA